GCCUUCCCUGGUUUGAAAAACAGCUUGCUAAUUAGGGAUUACAUCCUCCAACAGCCUUUGCUGAGGGACGUGGCGAUCGUGCUGAAGCUCUUUGUGAAAAAGAAUCACAUGCGGUAUCCUCGCGACCCUGGCUUUUUGAACAAUUACACUUACAUGCUGCUUCUCGUGCACUUUUUCGCUGUCAGGUUGGAUUUUUUGCUCUUACACAACCCUGAUACGGUUCACUUCCUGCCUUCGGUGCGGCACUUAGCAACGCACCUUGCUGCAGAGGAAAAACUAGCAACGUUGUUCUCAAAAGAAAGUGAGCCUGGCAGUGGCACUACACAUUCGAGACCAGGAACACAUUGGGACUCGAUUUUGUUCAGCGGAGACAGUUUUUUUCAGGGCGCUCAAUGGUUCGAAUCAGCUGUAAGUAAACGUAAAGAUGGAGUGUGGUCAACAGCACCAGAAGAGCGGGAUUUGUGCAGUAGGAGGAAACAUGUGCAGUUUAUCGUACCCACCGCACAAGUCCACGAGGUGUACAAAGGAGCUUACUUCGAAGCACAGCAUCAGGAGCAACAAGAGAAAGGGUCGUCCUCGACGUUGCCCUCGGGAGCCUCAACAGGGUUAGGACCCUGCCAGCGUCAUCGUGCGCGGCUGGUUCGGCUCGCAUUCGCGGAAUUUCUUCGUUGGUUAACUAAUUUCAUUCGCGACUCGUCCGCGGUCCGAGCCAUCAGCAUACGCCCUUCCCUGUUGAACCCGGAAAAAAUACAGACAGCUGCCGGCCGAUGGCCGGAAGUCUGGGAAGGACCUUUUGCGAGUUUAGCAGUAGAGGAUCCUUACGACGCGUCUCGGAGGCUUGUACUCCUAAAACCACACACUUUUGUACAGCGGAUCAGCUCCGCCUUACACCUGCUCGAUUAUGUGAAAGAACUGUUCCCUUUCCCGGGACAGCAACAGGAGCUAGCAGGGGUUCACCAGACUCUGGACGAGGGGGCUCGCCGUAAUCAAGAGAAUGAGCUGAAUCCUCGAAAUAUAUUGCGCACUUUGUUUAGCGAUGAAAAGUCGCUCUAUGAUCUUGCGCGACUACUUCUCCAGUUAUUGAUGUAAGUUGAAGAUUGGAGAUUUGUUGAAAUGAGAAGAGGUAUUCAUGGAUAACAAGGUACUUACACGUUUGUUGAACGCCCUUCCACCUGUUAGACAGGACGGGUGCAGAGGUGUCAUGACAUGACAUGCGUAUUCUCUUUAUUGAGUAGAAUUUCAAUAGCAAUGUUUUUUUUAGAAACAAGUCCUUCACGCCUUUUUUUACUCUAGUACCGUUUUCAAGCCGAUUCAUUUCUAGGAUUUCUCUACCUUAUUAAUUUGAAUCUUUUUUACACCAAUUCCUCACUCUAUCGCUAACUAGCUGGCAAAGGCAUCCUUUUUCAUCACAAUGAUAGAUUAUGUGAUGAAAGAGCGAGACCCGACUCGCACUUAACGCGCUGCUUUGGUUGCUCAGUUAAGUCCUUGCAACUUGUGGUGCAAUUUGUGCAGGUCCGGCGCCUAUGAACGAGCACUGAAGUUGUUUUUAACUGUGUGGGUCCGUUGCUUGCUACUGGGUACUUCGCGCAUUUCCCUCACGGCGGGAGGCUUAUAAAGAACAUCUUGAUACUACCAGUUCCAGCUUUCGAUCGUCAUCAUCUUGAUACUAACGCUUCUUGGUAAGUCACUUAGUUGUUGUAUCAUAAAUGAGAUUAUAAUGAGCUGGAGCUUCCUCUGAUGACCGAUUGCUAUGCAUGCAGCGCAUGCUCUGUCAUAGACAAGCAUAGGUGCCUGCAUCUUCUUGUCAGCGAAGUUACAAGAAGGUACGAAUUGUAUUUUUGAUGUGUGAUCUUAAUAUCCGGAGUCGGGGAACGAAUGACAAAGGCAUCAAUAGACUUAGCCUUAAACAUGAUCAUCAACAACAGCACUUCUUGCUGAGUAGAAGUCGACGAGAAACGACACUCAGUAGACAAGGACUGACUUGAACUCGUAUAGAAAGCAUGUAGUGAAGAAGUGCAAAGGAUAGAACGAAAGUAGUAGUGCAACGCCUCUAGAAUAGGCACAAUAAUCAGGAGUCACGAAAAUAGGUGCAACAAGGGAAAGAAGAAAUAGAAAAUCAUGCACCUUACUUAUAAUUAGAGAUGCUAGACCCGGUGAGUGGGUAGUACGUCAAUCGAUCAAAGACGGAAGUAGGCGGUGCUUCAGUGGCGGCGAUCGGUCUAGUGUACCUGAAAAAGUAGGGCUAGCGUAGCGCCACCAGCUCUAGGUCGUAGUUGUGUUUUUGGCUCUUCAGUACGUGGCCACUGAAGUCUGCUGGUGUGCCUAGUAGACCUACACCUAACCUAACCUAAUCACUCCAUCGCCAUCAUCAGCAUCAUCAUAAUGUAUUAACUCGAUUUAUGUCGCCGCUUACUGUAUGGAUAAAGAAUCGAUUGGAGUGGUAGUACCAUGAAUCUGUGGACUGUUCCUGAUGUCCCAGACUCGCGCUGGCUACCAGUAAUCCAUAAAGAUAUGCUUUCUUACAGAUAGUGAAUCUUGCGAAUUUCUUAAACGUCUGAAGAGAAUGUUGUAGAGCAAAGCUGUAGAGAGGCACCCGUCUACCUUGCUGUCUCGUAAAAAACUAACAUGCAUUUGACCGAAAAGGCUCUAGAUGUGGUGGAAACUACAACAAUGGAAGUAGUGAAAAAAUUGAUUAUAGAGGACGCUAGAAAUAGCGACAUCAUUACAAUCUCAAUCAAAUCUCAAUCAUGCUAGAACAAGUAGGAGAUCGCGCAUGUAUUCCCUAAAAGUUUCUC